ACACACACACAGUUCUGGAGAGAGUCGCAGGAUUCGGGGUGUGUAUGGGUUCGAUUCUCCUCGGGGUGGUUAGUUAGGGUGAGUGAAGGGGCGGGGCUCUGUGUGUAUGUGUGUGUGUGUGUUCGGGGGGGUUGUUGAUCUUUAGUGGAUUUUGGACCGAAUGAAAGUCCCUCUCGGGUGUCAGUGCGGCUCUGUUUCGGGAGGCACGCGCUGAGCUCUGAGCUCCGUCCGGAUCUGCGCGGGAAAAAGUAACGGUAUCGCGGAGCAGCAUGAGCGGGAUCAACCCGAACUGCACGCGCGAGCCGCCACUGGCCAUCGAGGUGAUCUCCCAACUCGACCUUUUCGGGAUCAUCCUUUACGCCACUCUCACCUUCAUGGCCUCAGUGUCCGUGCUGCUGUUCAUCGAGGAGUCCAUCUACAUCUACAGGAAAGUUUCCUCCAACAAGAAGAGCGCCAUCAUCUGGGUGAAUGGAGCCGCACCGGUUAUCGGGACGAUGUCAUGCUUGGGAAUGUGGAUCCCGAGAGCCACCAUGUUCACAGACAUGACCUCAGCCACGUAUUUCUCCAUCGUGGUGUUUAAGUUUCUGAUCCUGAUGAUCGAGGAGUGCGGGGGUGACCAGGCUUUUCUUAAACAUGAGUCUAACAAUACGUUUCGGAUCAGUACCGGCCCAUGCUGCUGCUGCUGCCCCUGUCUGCCCCGAGUCCCCAUCACACGCCGCUCCCUGUUCAUGCUGAAACUGGGCUCCUUCCAGUUCGCUGUGCUGAAGGUGGUGUUUACCAUCUUGUCCAUCAUCUUGUGGACCAACAAGAAGUAUGACCCCACUGAUAUGAAAAUCACGGGUGCUGCGAUCUGGAUUAACCCCAGCAUUGGUGUCUUCACCAUCAUCGCCCUGUGGCCCGUCGCCAUCAUGUUCAUGCACGUGCGCAACACUUUACGCAGCCUGAAAAUCAUUCCCAAAUACGCCAUGUAUCAGUUGGUGCUGGUUCUCAGUCAGCUGCAGCCGGCCAUCAUUAACAUUCUGGCCCUGUGUGGGACGAUCGCCUGCUCCCCGCCGUUCAGCUCUAUCACUCGCGGCUACAUGAUAAAUCAGCAGCUUCUGAUCGUGGAGAUGUUCAUCAUCACGCUGGUGACGCGCUUGCUGUACCGGCGUCAGUACGAACCCAUGCAAUACAUCAACACUGACGAAGAGAAGAAAAUUGUUCAGUCCAGCAAAUACUGUGUGGAAAAUAAUGAGUGAUUUUUUUUCUGGCAUGAGAUCACAAUCACACCAAGUGGAACACAGACCUACACAUGUAUAUUUUUGUAUUUAUAAAGAAGUGGCUCUUUUAUAACAAAUACAAUACAGCAUUUUUUAUAAAGUGUGUACGUGAUUUUUGUUUAGAAAAAAACAAAACUACAUUUAAAACAUUAUUAUGCUUAUUAUUAUAUGACUUUUAUUAUACAAUUGUAGCCCAUAUUGCACCAGAAACAGAGAAUAAAUCUAUAAUGAACAA